CGGACAAUGGUACCAUUAUAACCUAGCAUUGGUACCAAGCAAAUCCUUGCCACACGCGUGUGAAAUUUCCAACACAUAAAAUGACCAAAUUGCCCCCGUUUAAGUCCCCUAAGAGACUCAAACGAUUGGACGCCUCGCCAAGCUCAUCUCUAACGAUUACCAUUGGAUUGUUUUUGUAAAAAAAACAUUUCGUAAAAAAAAAAAACAUUUCACCAUUACAUGAUGGAACCAAAAACAAACGAAAAAGAGAGAAAAGAUGAACUCAUUAAACCCUAUUCAUCUCUAACCGUCAACUACAAUUUACAGCUCUGCUUCUCUCUCUCCCCAUUUUUGUAUAGCUUUCGAUCCCAAACACAUUCUCUUACUCGCGCAACUCCAGGUGCAUUCGAGAUUGAAACUUAAUGAGUGGUGCUUCCAGAUCUAGUAGCCUAAAAUCUGCUCUUUCAUAUUGUGUACAACAAGUAAGAAGCUAUGACUACCACAAUUACCUUUGUCUGCUCGAACUCCCUCCAGAGAUGCGAAGAGCUGCAUUUGCACUUCGUGCCUUCAAUGUUGAAACGGCCAAAGCUAUGGAUGUUGCUUCUGAUCCCAGGAUUGGCCUAAUGCGCCUUGUUUGGUGGCGAGAUACUAUUGACAAAAUUUAUGCCAAUCAACUGAUUGAACAUCCUAUAGCUCAGUCUCUUUCUUCCAUUGUAUCAGAGAUUAAAAUAAGCAAAGCUUGGCUAAAAAGAUCUAUUGAAGCUCGUAUAACAGAUGCACAAAGGGAGCCCAAUGAGAUCCCGAAGAACAUUGAAGAACUAGAGAAAUAUUCUGAGGACACUCAAUCUACCAUCUUGUAUACCACAUUGCAAUCUGGGGGUAUCAAUUCUACUGCAGCUGAUCAUGCUGCUUCUCACAUUGGUAAAGCUGGUGGGCUUGCCUUGUUGCUAAGGUCUCUACCGUACCAUGCCAGUCGUGAACGACUGUAUGCUUACAUCCCUUCUGAGAUUGCAUCCAAACACGGUUUAUUGAUUGAAGAUGGGGGUCAGACUGGAAUCUCAAUGGACUCCCGCGAGGGGUUAUGUAAUGCUGUCUUUGAGAUGGCCUCAGUGGCCAACAGUCAUCUACAAAAGGCACGCGAAUUGGCUAAAACGCUACCUGCUGAAGCUAUUCCUGUUCUCCUCCCUGCUGUUCCAACUCAGGUCUUGUUGGAUUCAUUGCGCCGGGUGAAUUUUGAUGUAUUUGAUCCUAGGUUGCAGCGAGGUGUUCUGGGAAUUCCUCCACUAUGGUUUCAGCUAAAAUUGAAGUGGCAUUCUUUGAGAGGCAAUUACUGAACAAUAUUUCUGUUGUAAUAACAUCCAAACUUUCAUUGUCUUAGAAACAUUUUGAGUAGAGACAGGUAGCAUUCAGCAGGUGUAUAAGUUUUACCAUUACGCUUGCAAGCAAAAUACACAUUUUGAGUCUGUUGCAUUUUGCAGUUGAAUUUACAAGAAUAAAUCAACUUAUGAUUUUUGUGUAUUA